ACGUAACGAAAUUUCAAACCAAACAUGGCGAUUGGCGUUGAUACGUCAAAAUGGAAACCUAGAAAAAUAACCGGAACUCCUGCAUCCAAGUUUAGGAAUAUACUUGGCAUUGGUGUAUUAAGUGUUGGAAUAAUAACCGGGGCAAUAUUCCAUUAUUCUUCAGUCACGGCUAACUUGCGAGGAGCAGUUGAAGGUUUAUAUGAAGACCCUAUAGAGGAGGUGGAAAGGAGGAUAAUGAUUGCCAGCGGGCUGCCAAACAGAUCAGGAGAUGCCAUUAGAAAGUUCAUGGAAGAAAGUAAAAACCCCAACCAGCCGGGCAUGUAACAAUAUAGAGAAUGUAAGAAGCAAAUAUUUUGUUGGGAAUUCUGGUAUGGAUGAGAGUUUUUCCGACUUUCAGGAAUCAAAGCCCAAAUGUGCAGGACCCAAGCCAGUUCAAAAGCCUGUUAAAAGGAGACAGACUAAGCGCAUCAAAGGUCAGAAAGAUAUAAGAACUGCUUUAAAAGGAAAGAAAAAUGAGUUAGUAGCUUAUACUAAAGAGUUUGAUACUGUCUGUAAAAAGUCUGGCCUUGAUGUCGACUCAGAACAAUUACAACUAGCCAUAGCAUUGUCUAAAUCACUUCAAACUGAAUCUGAGACUGCCAUUGACUGUUCAGAACCACUACCUACACAAGCAAGAGUUGCCAAAAUAAGAAAGACCUUACAGGAAUAUGGUUUUAAAGUACCAGAACCUAAAGUAACAAAUAGAAAAACUAGAAAACUAAGAAAACAUUACAAACUACUUACAAUAACAGAGGAAGAGAGACAUCAGACUAUUAGCGGGAAAUAUUCUGAGGUGCUUUUGAAUAAUCUUGAUUCUAAUACUUUACUAGGUCAUAAUAGUAGCAAUAAUCAAGAUAUUAAUUUUAAUUUGUAUGAUAUAGCUACUAAAGUCCCAUAUGAGUAUAUAAAAGACAGUACAGUAUUUUAUGUAGACAAUUUAGUUCAAAAAUCUAGAACAACUGGUUCCUUAUUACGAGAUUGGUCCAAAAUUCCAGGCAGACCUGUGAGUCCUAAGCUUGUUGAAACUGAAAUGAUGAAUACAGUUAUAGAUUGCUCACAGGAUGAACUGGAUGUGGUACUUAGUGGGCCAAUCACACUAGCUAGAGAUAUAAUGGCUACUAAUAAUAAAGUAGCACCUAUUAGUGUAAUUCCUAAAGUAAUUAUAGAUGAAGAAGAUAUUGUAAAUUGUGAAGAGGCUGAUUGUAAAUCUGAAGGAUUUGACAGCAGGAAUCUUGUUAAAGUAACAGAAAUACAAUCUCCAGUCAAAGAGCUAGAAAUCAUUGAUGUACAUAAUUCAUCUACUCAAUACAGAAGCCGCUCUCCAGAUUUAUUUGAUGAUGAACUAUCAUCUGUCAUGGAGACAAGUAAACCUAUAAUUAUAGGAUCACAAGAACAUAAAACUAAAGUAUUUGCAGAUAAUUUUAUGGAUUUAACUGAAUGUGCUAAUCCUGUUUCGCAAAAAUCUGUCAAUUUCACCUUAUCCCAAAAUAAAACUAAAAGGAAAUCGAAUGAUUUAAUGGAAAUGACUGAAUGUGUUGUAGCUUUAUCACAACCUAUACUUGAAGCUUCACAAGAAAUAGAUUUAACACAAAGUCCUGAGAAUAAAACGAUAGAGAAUCAUGAUGUCAGUGAAAGUAAAGAGAAUACUUCAAGUUUGAAUCAUGUUGAACAAAAUUCAUGUAGCCUUGAAGAAAAUGUUACUUGUAUAGCUAAUGAAGUACAAAAUGAUAAGUUAGAUACGGAAGAUAUUGAUUUGACUCAAAGUUCAAAUGAAGAAGGCUAUGUCGAAAAAAAAUCAAAAGAUAUAACCACUGAAAGUAUGGAUUUGACUCAAUCUUCCAAUUCUAAUGGAAUUGAUGAUUUGCCUUUCGUUUCUAUUGGGAACACACAAUCUGAGGUAUCUUUAGAUGAGACCAUUAUUGUAAAUGAAGAAGAAUACAUAUCAGCCAUAAUUAAACCUAAGAAGUCUAUUAUUCUUGGAGCAGCGAAUAGUGAAAUUUUAGAUGUUACUGAAGAUGCUAAAUGUUGUCGAGAGAGUGAUCAAAGUCUUGUUAAAGAAACAAAUGAAAAAUCCAAAAGCAGUAGUUUUGAAGAAUUUGAACAUGACCAUUCAAGAGAUAGUGAUAUUAUGGAUCAUGGUUCAAAUCUAUUAGAUGACGAAAGUGCCCAUAAUACUAGUAAAGAGUCUAAUGAUAUAGAUUUAACACAAAGCUCUGGAGAAACUGAAGAAAGCCUAAAAAGUUUUCCAAAUAACAGUAGUCUUGGUAAAAAAGACGAUGUGUCUAUAGAUUACGAUGAAAUUGAAAAUAACAGUAUUAGAAAAAGUGCAAAUCACAGUAAACAAAAAAUAAUUGAUGCUUCAGAGUCAGUUAUAGAUGAAAUCGAAAUUCUAGAUGAUAAUAAUGAACCUGAAAUUAAUUCGAGUCAAAACUCAGAGGUAUUCAAUAUAUCAGAUAAGGAAUUAGAUUAUUCCCUUCACCAAUCAAGAUUCGAAACUCGUAACGAUAAUUUCGAUUUUGGUGGGAUUUCUAUAUUGGAUAACAUUACGAAAAUAGGAAGUUUUCGACAGUCCACUAACGUUGCUCGCAUUAGUAACAUACCAAAAAAUAGUACACUGUCUGAAAGUUUUCUUCCUGAACUUAAAAUUAAGAAAAGUAUAAUCAAAGAUGCAAGUCCUGGAAGUAACAGACAAUUUCCUGAAAUACCUAAUAAUGUUGCACAGGAUAUCUUAAAUAGUAAUGGAGAAGAGAUUUCAAUCAGAACACCUAAAAACAGUGAAUAUAUAAUUAAAACAAGUAAUGUUACGCCCAUGGCUGAUUAUGCGUCAAUGAGUACGCCGCAAAUGAAUAAGGAAUUAGAUAAAUAUGGUUUGAAACCUUUUAAAAGGAAAAGAGCCAUAAAAAUCCUCACUCACCUUUACAACCAAACACAUCCAACGAUACAGCAGCUCGUCGAAGAAGACGAGCCAUCGCCAAAAAAACCAAGGACAGAAACAAACACACAUCAUUUAUCACCAAGGAAACUCUCGAUAUCACCUCAAUGUUCCCCAAGAAAGGAAGGAUCCAGUCAACUAACAGACCAAGUCCUUUCUCUAAAUAAAUUAGCAUCGCCAAGUAAAUCUCCUGCAAAGACAUCGAAAGCUACGAAAAAGACUGAUGUAAAUAAUUGUGUUACGGUAGAAACACAUGUCGAUGUCAAUGUGUGCUAUGAGGUGACAAGUGAAGUUGCUGUUAUAAAGGGUGUUGAGUGUGAUCCUGAGGAUUGGGUGUUCCAGAAGCGGGAGAAAGCUAAGGUACAUUCGUGCCGCGUACCGCUUCACAUUGCGUUCCACAACUAUGUAUCCAGCCGCCGUGAUUUAAGAGAAGCAAUACUUAAAUAUGAACCGGUAAAUAUUGACGUCAUACACAAAGAUUUGGUCGGCUAUGGGCAUAGAUAUGAUCCGAAGGAUCUCCUAAAAUACUUGGACAAGAAAUGUAUAACAGUGAAAACAACAGACAACAAUUCUAGAAACAAUAAGAGAUGAUACAAACUAAAUCAUGAUAGUUGUAACAUAUUGAAAUAAAGUAUUUUAUUUACA